GCCGUGCUCUUCAUCUCCAUCAGCAUCAGCUCCAGACAUUUACAUCGAGCCGCCAUGAGGUCUCCUCACGUCCUGCUGCUGUGUGUCCUGGGAGCUGCCCUGCUCUCCUCAGUGCUCUGCAACAAUGCACUGGGUCCCACCACCUGCUGCUUUGUUUUUCACGAAGUAAAACUGCCGAGAGCUAGAAUCAGCUCCUAUCAGGAGACUGAUCCGAACUGUCCGAAGAAGGGCGUUGUUUUUACGACAAUUAAGGAUCGUCAAAUCUGUGUGAAACCAACGGUCGACUGGGUAAAGAGAAUCAUGAAAAAAUUCAUCAGCUCCAGACAUUUACAUCGAGCCGCCAUGAGGUCUCCUCAGGUCCUGCUGCUGUGUGUCCUGGGAGCUGCCCUGCUCUCCUCAGUGCUCUGCAACAAUGCACUAGGUCCCGAGAAUUGCUGCUUUGAUUUUUACCCAAGACAACUGAUGAAAGCUAGAAUCAGUUCCUAUCAGAGGACUGAUUUCAGGUGUCCGAAGAAGGCCGUCUUUUUUAGGACAAAGAGGUCUAGUAAAAUCUGUGUGGAUCCAACGCUCCCGUGGGUUCAGCGCAUUGUGGAACAAUUGGAUGAGGAAUCCUUGUAAACCAGCUUUCUGUCUGCAAAUCAACAAAAAAUAAGUUUUGUGAAAUGAUUUCACUGUUAAUGUGCAACCCCGCCAUGACUGAUCCCAGCUUCUGUUUGC